AUGGGCAAGUACAUGAGUUACAACUACACCACCAUCGCCGCCUCCCAGUACGGCGACCAUUGGCGCAACCUCCGCCUCAUUGGAGCCAUCGAGAUCUUCUCCUCCACUCGGAUUAACACAUUCUCCAACAUCCGAAAGGACGAAGUCAAGCACUUGCUACUCAAACUUUCACAAAAGCACAGGUAUUACGGCUACGACGUGUCUGUGGACAAAGAGGAGGUCAGGCAGUUCAGAGAGAUUAUGAAGGAGGUUUUUGCUCAUGGUGGGGCAGUGAACCCGGCUGAUUUUCUGCCUGUUUUGAAUUGGGAGUAA